GCAGCAGCACCGCCGCCACCCUGCUCGGGAGCCCGUGCGCGAGGGGGCCGUGGGCCGGGGCUGCGCGCUGCCCUUCGCCGCUUGCUGGCCCCUCAAGGUGGGCGAUGAAGGGCCCCCUCCUGCCCGUCAGCAGAGACCGGAGGAUCUUCGACUUCCCCAAGUGCUACACCCCCGAGGCCUGUUUGCAGUUCAGGGAGGACUUCCAUCCCCAGGUGAGGGCGGCCUGUCAGCGGAGGAACCCGGGCACCAUUGGCCUAAAGAUCUCCAAAAUGGUGGUGGUAGGAGACCUCUGCGUUGGAAAAACAAGCCUUAUCAACAGGUUUUGUAAAGAGGUUUUUGACCGGGAUUACAAGGCAACCAUUGGGGUGGAUUUCGAAAUUGAGCGUUUUGAGAUCGCUGGGGUGCCCUACAAUCUUCAGAUAUGGGACACGGCCGGCCAGGAGAAGUUCAAGUGCAUCGCCUCCACCUACUACAGAGGAGCGGAAGUGAUUGUCACAGUUUUCGACUUGGCUGACAUCCAGACUUUGGAUCACACCAAACGGUGGCUGGAGGAUGCCCUGCGGGAGAAUCAUCCCGGCUCCAGCUUUGUCUUUCUGGUGGGAACUAAGAAGGAUCUGCUGUCCAAUGCCGAGAGCGAGCGGAUGGAGCGGGAUGCCAUCCAUCUGGCCAAUGAGAUGCAGGCAGAAUAUUGGUCUGUCUCGGCCAAAACAGGGGAAAAUGUCAAGGACUUCUUUUUCCGGGUGGCUGCCUUGGCCUUUGAGAGGUCUGUGCUAAUGGAGCUGGAGAAGAGCUGCAACCGGCUGCUGCCAAUCGGCACAGGAGACCUCAUUAGAAUAGAAGAAAACGUGGCGUCUUCACACGGAUCUCAUCCAUCCAACCUGAACUGCUGCUAAGGGCUCCCAGGGGACCCACCGCAGUGCAGGCUUCCCCCAUCACUCUUGGACAAGGAGGGAAUCACUGGAUCUCGGAGAAGCACAAAAGAGCCAGUCCCCACCUCCGCUGCUCCCAAAGCCUCUCUGAGCCAUGGAGGCUCACCUGAGGACAAGACCAGUCUUUCUCUGGAAGGGCCCAGUUUCCCUGGAAGCUCUUCGUGCUCCAAAUGCAAAGCAUUUGCCUCCUUGUUACCUGGAGAUGAGACGAACGGACCAGAUCGACUGACUGGGCCAAUUCAGGGCAACAGCCCCAAACCAGCUGACUCUUCCUGGCAGCCGCAAAUUCUACUUGAACUGGACAUCUAGUUAAACCUUAACCACGAAAUAGCUGUUAAAACCGGCAGGAGAAAUUUGUACUUCAGAGUGGGAGAUCUGGAGUGAGAAAAUCUGGUGACCCCUGACUGUCUCCGACUUCAGGCCUGUCUACUGGCCUCUGGACACCAGAGGGUCUUGCUCUGACUUAAUUGCCUGAAUUACUUGUUAGUGUUGCUUAGAACGAACUGCCAGGGCAGCCCCUGUAAAACAGAGCUUUCUUUUCAUGUCCUUUGUACAAUUAAAGGCUCUGCCGGAAGGCCCAGUAU